AUGGGUGGCUACAUCAUCGUUGUCAACAAGGACGAGGACCCGUCAAUGUAUGGGUUGACUGCUGGCCAUAGCAUUGUUCAAGAUGAUCUCGAGGAAGAGGUUGAUAGCGAACAAGCAAGCGAAGAACCUGAUGCAGAUCAAAGUCUCUUUCCUGAGAUCAUGACUCCUCCACCUUCACAGGUUCCGGGAUCGGUGAUGAGCAGAACAAUGCACAACACUACAUUUAAUCGGGCCACAAAUACUCAAGAAGAGAUCGAGUGGUCAGGCAAUGCCAACGUUGCGCCAUCGUCUUUCUUGACGCAAGCAUGCGAUCGCGAUUGGGCACUAUUGGCAGGACUAGCAUUGCAACCUGCCAGCGCGACUGAAGAUGAUAGAACUCACGAAAGAUACCUCUUAGGCGACCCGAGAUCUGGUACUGCGCUGAUGAACGACGGAGUGGAGGAAUACCAGCAGGCAGCUCGGGUGCCUGGGUGUCAACGGAGAGGACCGAGCCAACAAGCAGAAUCCGACCACAAAGCGCGACGGCAGCUCAUUUAG